AUGGUUUGGGCGAAAAAACGAAAGUAUCAACAACAAUAUCGAAAACAACAACAGCAGCAGCUCGGUACCAUUUAUUUUCAUCAUAUUAAAGAAUCUGAUUUCAAGCCAAAUCGUUACUACACAUGUACCGCUGAGAAUACCAAACUCAAAGAUUACAAAUUUGGUAAUCAGUUUCGUCUCGAUGUUACCAAAAAUCGUCGACGGGCAUUUUGUGCUUUACCCAAAAUCGUUACCGGCCAUUUUGUUGUAAUAGGAGUUUGGGCUAUGACAUGGAGUUCAUUAGCUAUACUUGGGAUCCGGAAAGAAAGAACUUUGAUCAGAUUAAAAUGUUACGAUAAAGAAAAGUGA